GGUUAUUCCAAGGAUCUUAUUGUAACUAUUGUCUGAAAUUAUGUCUUACUCAAUUUGACAGUAAACACUACGAGUGAGAGAAAGAGAGGGUAUGAGAGAAGGAUGGCAACACAUGGAUGAUACACUUUGUUCGCUAUUCAUUCCAGGACACAAUGCACGAAAAACGACAAAUGGGACUUCGAUUACAGCACAGGGACCAUGUGGGUAGCCAAAGGUUGUAGAGGAGAGUUUUGUGUGCACUUUCAAGAUUCAACAACGACAACAACGAUGCCUUCUACUACAACAACAACGAUGCCUUCUACUACCACUACAACGAUGCCUUCUACUACUACAACAACGAUGCCUUCUACUACCACCACAACGAUGCCUUCUACUACAACAACAACGAUUCCUUCUACUACUACCACAACGAUGCCUUCUACUACCACCACAACGAUGCCUUCUACUACUACCACAACGAUGCCUUCUACUACUACAACGAUGCCUUCUACUACAACAACAACGAUGCCUUCUACUACCACCACAACGAUGCCUUCUACUACUACAACAACGAUGCCUUCUACUACAACAACAACGAUGCCUUCUACUACUACAACAACGAUGCCUUCUACUACUACAACGAUGCCUUCUACUACAACAACAACGAUGCCUUCUACUACCACCACACCGAUGCCUUCUACUACUACAACAACGAUGCCUUCUACUACUACCACAACGAUGCCUUCUACAACAAC